GUCCAGACUUCUGUGUUCUUCGGUUGGUCUAAAUGAACCACAGUUGCAGCAUGAUUAUGCGGUAACCAAGAACGUGACCGAGACAGUUCUUCCAGUUAAACGAUGGGGCGGAACAAGACGGUGGGAAGAAGUCUCAGAAGUCGCUGCGAUGUGAGAACUUCGCUCUGCUCGUCGACGGUCCCGCUCGGAGCCGUUCUUGCUUCGAGGUGUCAUCUGCUGACAUGUUUGGUGGAAGUCGUGCUGCAAGCUACGACGUUCUUCACAUUUUGUUGGAUUGUUCCACCACAAGGAAUAGUUACGACUCCGGGCGGCAGCUCGUACCCGUUCGUAGCGUUUUGCUUGGCGGAAGUUGUUGCGAAGAGUGGGCCACAGACUCAUCUUCUGGGAGAGCUACAACCGAACGGGGACUCGGCUGACGGCAGUGACACUGCGUCUAAGCGGACGCAUACAGAUCCCCCUCGAUCCGUGCCAGAUACAGAGUUUUUGUUCGAGGGCGGGACACCUGCGACGCACACUUCUUCGGCACCGAGCACGAAAAAACUGCGACGCGAUGACCGACGAACGACCUCCGCUUUUGGGGCGGGAAGCGAUGCUGUUCAUAUUUAGUGAGGUCACCGAACGGCUCUAACCAGGGAGUUUUUUUGACAGCCAGACAGCAAAACGGCCGGCAGUUUUCAAGCGGCCGGAAGCGUUUUUUGACAUAAAAGAUUUUCAAUUAUCAAGCGGGCGGGGCUUUGCCAUCAAACACGCCCGGUUGAAAACUAUCGACUCGCACUUCAUAAAACGACGCAGGG